AAAGAAACCCACACAACUUUCACCCCUCUUCAUCGCAGCUGUCAUACAUGCAUACUCGUUUGACGACUUCAAACAAAAAAUUUCUUUCUCUUCCAUGCCUGGGGUCCUGGCUGUGAUAUCCAGCGAACAUUCCGCUCGAUCAGUUUGCCCCCGAAUAUUUUACUCCACCAGAAACCAACACUCCAACAGAGCCGCAAUGGUAUUACGUCUCCGUCUCCUUGAGGAACUCCGCCUCAUCAAUCCCAACAAACCAUCAUCCGCAUUCAAUCGACACAUCCGAUCGGCAUCGUCCAUCAACCUCAGUCCUAGUUCAGAUUCAUCCAUCUCACUCCUCCCCCCAUUGGUACUCUAUCGGAGACUGCUGCGGAUCCAUAGAGACCUACCCGUGGAAAUGCGAUCAUUAGGCGACUUGUAUGUUAAGGACGAAUUUAGGAGAUGUAGGUCGAUCGAUAAUCCGAUCCAGAUCAUCGGCUUCUUGAGCCAAUGGAAGCUCUACCUAGACAACCUCAUCCAACGAGAUACUCAUCAACAACAGCACGACUCGUCUAGUCCUGUAGCUAAUCAUCGAAAACCAUCCGUCAAGAUAGGCAAGAAGUUACCCAAAGAUUUGUUGGAGAAGCUCUCGCCUGAACAAGUCGGUCAAUUGUUUGAAUUGCUGAAGGCCACUAAAGAGAUCUGGGUGGAUGUUGAUGACAAUAAGAAUAAUAAUAAUCAAGAUCCUAAACCGUAAACCGUAAAACUGCGCUUUCAGUGUAUCUUUGGACCAACCUCGGCUUUCUCAAUCCAGCUACAUCGUUCAAAUUUCCCACUCAGAGUCAAACAACCAGGAAGAGUUUUUUUUUGUUUAGCCAGGAAGGGUUGUUUUUCCAAUUCUUUUGGUUUAAUCUUGUAGUAGUUGGCUCUUUCAAUCCAUUCGCUUUGUUUUUUCUGUAUCAUUCUUCGCCUAGAAGCAAGGUCAUACUUGAGUACUAAUACAAUAGCUUACUUGUUUUUCUUUUUUUUUUCGAGACGACAACAAGUAUAAUUUUUCUGCGAACUACGUAAUUGCAGUCUCCCAACCAUUGGCAAUCAAGCUCAUUAUUAACAAACAAAUGGUCGGUGCUAUGUAGUAAGGUAAAACAAACUGUAUCAUCUUUACAAUCGGUGGAAUCUGAUCAUUAUUAACGAAGCCUUUGCCUG